AUGACUGUCAUUAGAACAGUUGCCAACAAGCAGGGGCAGGGGAGCCAGUCACUUCAUACACGGAGCCAGUCACCUUAUACAGGGAGCCAGUCACUUCAUACACGGAGCCAGUCACCUCAUACACUGAGCCAGUCACCUCAUACACAGAGCCAGUCACCUCAUACACGGAGCCAGUCACCUCAUACACGGAGCCAGUCACCUCAUACACAGAGCCAGUCACCUCAUACACAGAGCCAAACUCCUCAUACACAGAGCCAGAAACCUCAUACACGGAGCCACCAGUCACCUCAUACACUGAGCCAGUCACCUCAUACACAGAGCCAGUCACCUGAUACACGGAUUCAGUCACCUCAUACACAGAGCCAGUCACCUCAUACACGGAGCCAGUCACCUCAUACACUGAGCCAGUCACCUCAUACACAGAGCCAGUCACCUCAUACACAGAGCCAGUCACCUUAUACACGGAGCCAGUCACCUCAUACACGGAGCCAGUCACCUCAUACACGGAGCCAGUCACCUCAUACACAGAGCCAGUCACCUCAUACACAGAGCCAGUCACUUCAUACACAGAGCCAGUCACCUCAUACAGGGAGCCAGUCACCUCAUACACGAAGCCAGUCACCUCAUACACGGAUUCAGUCACCUCAUACACGGAUUCAGUCACCUCAUACACAGAGCCAGUCACCUCAUACACGGAGCCAGUCACCUCAUACACGGAGCCAGUCACCUCAUACACAUUGUUUCUUCACAUUCCUGUAG